AUGCAAUUCACUACUAUGAUGGGUCCUUUCCCCGACUCUGACGAAACCGUGUCUGGAAGUCAAACGGCGCGCUUCGCUAAUUUGGCCCCGAAACCAAAAAGACAAAGAACGCUGCGUUCGAAUGCGUCCCAGGAGGUUUUGGAACGGGCAUUGGCCUUUCUUCGUGAUGAAUUCAAGGCCCGUUCUGCUGCCUCUGACUUUUUUCCUCCAGACAUGUCUCCCAGAACUAUACGUGCGUCAAUGGGGCGAUACGAGGAUGAGCUGGCACGCGCUUCCGCGAAGGGUCUGUGCGCUUCUUGUGGCAUGGAAGUCCCUGCAGCAAAUGUCUUUCACGUCGACAGCAAUGAUCCUAUCCUGAUGCCAUUGGUCAAUAGCCUCGACACUUGCGGUCUACACGGCAACCGCUGGAGCCUUUGUUCGUCGUGCCACAAUGCACUUAUCCGGAAUACCAUCCCAAAGUUUUCCAGGAAGAACCUGGUAAAUGUGACCAUGUGUCAGCACUACCCAUCCGUCUUAGACGACCUCACUCCAGUUGAGGAGUGUCUCAUAGCAAGAUCUCAUCCUCUGGGUGUGAUCUUGAAGUUGAGGCCAGGGGGCCGUUCUUCUCCAAUCAGCUAUCGUGCGCUUCGAGGUCAUUUUAUUGUUAUACCGCAGGAUCACGGUCCCCUCCUCGACAUCUUGCCAAGCCCUGAAUUAAGAUUGCAUAACCUGAUUAGAGUCUUUUGGUUAGGACAACAUCGUCCUUUACACUCGGACUUGGGCCCUUUCUUAUCGGUGCGUAAGUCAAAGGUUCUAGCUGUGUUGGAAUACCUGCUUCACCAUAAUCAUCUAUAUAGAAGCGUAACUAUCAACCAUGCCAUGAUAGACGAUUGGAGUGACGACUUCAUCCCCACGGAGCUGCGAGACAGCAUUGUCUUCCUGGAUGAGUCUGACCACCAUGAGCGUGAGGGAUAUACCGUUCAUCUACAGUCAGGAAAUUUCGAGAAUGAUCUACAGGCGGCGCAGGACGAGGCUGCAUUUGAUAACGAAGACGGUGGCCCUCUGAUAACCGGUUCGGUCUCAACUGACAUCAAUGGCGAACGCCAAGACCCGGAUAUGCGUACCUUGGACACCUUAUUCAAAGCAAUUUCUAGCCGCUCGCCUCCAACCGCUACCUAUGCGGGAAACUACACCUCACCUGCAGCUCGAAUCGAUAGGCCGCCGGCAAUCUCUUAUACCAUCCAUGGUACCGCGACGCUCCUCAAUCACUGGAUGGAUCCUUCUUAUUUCACUGCUGCGUUCCCUACGCUGUUUCCAACGGGCACUGGAGGCCACCUGGAAGACAGGAACAUUCCCGUGUCCCUAGAAGCUUUUGCAAAAUGGGCGCUGACCCACCAUAGUAGAAGGUAA